AUGUCAUCCAGUGCAGGCGCCACGCUUGCCCACAGGAGCGUGGCCAGCAUUCGGUCCUCGACGCCACGGGCCUCGGCUGGCUCUUCAACGCCAAACACGCCACCCAGGUUGAUCACGUCGUCAUUUGGCUCGCCAUCCACGAUCCGCGCCGACGAUGAAUUCAUCCUGCUAGAGAUAGGCUCGCGCUAUCUUCGCGCGGGGUUUGCUGGCGACUCGUUGCCCAAGGCGUGCCUGGCCUGCGGACCCGAACGGCAGAGGCGGGUGGGCGACUUUCGGGCCUGGCUGCUGCCGCGGCCGAGCAACUCUGCCAAAUGGGCCACUGAUCACGAGCUGUGGCGCCACGACUUGCGAGACGUCGACUUGGGACUUUUUGCGGACAAGCUGGAUGGUUUGUUGCGAGAUGCCUUCACAAGAUUCCUGCUCAUCGAUUCCCGGCCAAGAAGGGUCGGGGUCGUUUUAGAUCCUGCUGUGCCAGUCCCCCUGUUGUCCGCAGUUCUAGACACGCUGUUUCGCAGAUUUCAAACCCCCAUCGUUUCUCUCAUGUCGAUACCGACCAUGGUCGCCGCUGGAGCUGGAGUGCGUUCUGCGCUGGUCAUAGACAUGGGCUGGAACGAGACGGUCGUGACGAGUGUGUACGAAUACCGGGAGGUCAAGAGCACGCGGUCCGUCAGGGGCGGCAAGAGCCUCCUUGAAGAGGUUUACGGGCUGCUCCAGGGCCUGAUGCCGGACGCGGGGGACGACGACGAAUCCGGCACCAGGGCAGUCUCGUUUGAAGAAUGCGAAGACAUCGUAUGCCGGUUAAUGUGGUGCCGCCCAUCGGCCUUCAAGUCAAGCCAGCGACAAUCGACCCAGCUGGACACGGUUCAGGAGCAAGACGAAACCGAGGCGGAACCGAGCCAACCAAGCGGUAUUGCCGAGGUUCCUCUGCGAUCCACGGACCCCCCGUCGACGGUGCAUAUACCUUUGCACAAACUUGCCGACGUCUGCGACGACGCCUUUUUCGAUCCCUCGGCGGAUCGGGCUGCGUUUGACGACCACGAGCUGCCCGUGCACUGGCUGGUCUAUCGCCACCUCUUGCAGCUGCCGGUGGAUGUACGAGCUACCUGCAUGUCACGGACAACUUUUACGGGGGGUUGCUCACGUAUUCUGGGCAUCAGGGAGAGGAUAAUGGACGAGCUGACCAGCCUCGUAGACCAAAGGGGAUGGGAGGCCGUCUUUGGCAAAAGCGUCGAGCAGCUACGCAGCAACCAAAAGAAGCACACGAGGGCAAGCACGCAGAGAUGCAGCACCUCGUCCGCUGCCACGUGUGAAUCCGGCGGCGGCGGCGGCGGCGGCGGCGGCGACGAGUCUGACGGGCCUGGCUCCGAUGAAGACGCCGCAGAGUCCCACCAAGAUGCGACGGAAGCCAAGAUUGCCAGGAAUCGCCCGGGUUUCCAACAACUCCAGGGGCAGCUAAGGGCCAUCGACUCACUGGGGCCGUGGACAGGGGCAAGCCUGCUGUGUCAGCUGAGAAUUCCCGCCAUGGCCAUGGUGGACAGAGAGCUCUGGCUGCAGCAAGGGGCCAACGGGGCGGGCCAUCCUGGCGAGGUGGAUGUCAAGGCUCAGCAACGGCUAAGCAUGGGAGCGAGCAAUCUGAUACGAGGCAGCGGAGGUCAUCAUACCAACUGGACCCUGGGCGUAUGGGGAACCUUGUAG